CUCGUUCCCUCCGGGCAGUCUUGGUUCCAAUUCCCAACACCAAAAGACGGCAUGAUCCGACCCACGAUAACCCGCAAUGGAAGCAACAGGAAGAAGGGGCAAUAUCAAAGAAAGCACUGGAACACCCGCAAUGUCUUGUGUCGCCAAAGUGAAUCACCUCAGCUCGAAACUGAUCCAAUGCAUCCCGCACCAAAAGAAGCACUUCCACCUCUGUUGCGUCUUAAUGUCGUCCCUCCUUGCCCAUGCAUAUUUGAUAACGCCACCAAGUAGAAGUCAUUGUUCGGCGAUACUUAGCAUAAACAAAAACUAAUGCAACUGCAAGACCAACCGUCGGCGCCACCAGAUUGCGCUCUUUCGCUGUCGCCAUGGCCUAUGGGUCACAAUUAUCGCCAUGCCUGCCGGUUCAUAUACCCGUACCCAUCCCGUUAUAUGCGAUCGCCGGAGGUUCCGGGGCACACCACUGGCUGACGCCAAUCUCCGGGCGGCUUACCAUCAACCAGACACAAAGGAUGUGGUUAUACAACACCAUUCAUGGCUUCAUCUUAAAAGGAAGAAAAAGGCGUCCAAUGCAAACCUUGGUGGUGAUACACAAACAUCAUCAAACCGGCCUCCUUUCCGGUGAAGGGAUGGCCUGGACCAGGCAGGACCAGGCCAGACAACGGGGGUUGUAUCGUCCUCCAUAUGACAGCAUAAUGAUCUUACCUCCAACAGUCGCAUUGCUGUUGACUCUCAAGAAUCGGGGGUGGGAUGGACCUAUUUAUCUCGAGACAUUUGACGCCAUUGACAUUCCCCUUUCCGGCCAAGCAGCGGGGAGGCGGAGACGGACUGGAGGUGGACGAUACCUAGCACAAAACACCGAAGGACGAGAAUCCGGCGGUGGGCAUCCUCGUCUUCGUACGGAAAUUAUUUUCAUGAUGCCCUGGGACGCUGGGGGAGAUUUGGUGACGGCUGGGAGACAGGGAGUACAUCUCAUACCUCUAACAACUCCGCACCGCUCUUCACGACGACACCAGGCAUCCACUGACUUGAUCUCGUGAUGCUUCCUGGUUUUCGUGGCA